AUGGCCUCAUUUCUCGUCAUCCUUCUGGCUUUCCUGUCUGCCGUGAACGCAGCAGUUCUGUCCGCCAACUACCCUAUUAACGCGCAAUUGCCUCCGGUCGCACGAGUCUCGCAGCCGUUCAGUUUCAUCUUCGCCGAAGACACAUUCGCCAACGCCGAUUCGGAAACGAAGUACUCGCUAUCUGAUGCACCAGCAUGGCUUGAAGUCGACAGUAAAAGCCGCACACUGUCUGGUACACCGCACUCUGACGAUGAUGGCUCCAAUGCUUUCAAGCUUGUGGCAUCAAAUGGAUCCGGGUCAGAUAGCAUGGAUGUCACCUUAAUCGUGACCUCGGACAAGGGACCAACCAAGGGGAAAUCUCUUGUGUCACAGCUGGAGACUUUGGGUCCCGUUUCUUACCCGGCAACACUGUUCAUUCACCCUGGUCGCCCAUUCUCCAUCACCUUUGACCCGGAUACCUUCCAGAAUACCCACCCUGCUACGAUAUACUACGGAACUUCGCCGAACAAUACGCCCUUGCCAUCGUGGAUCGGCUUCGAUCCUUAUACUUUGACAUUUGCCGGCAACAGUCCGUCUUUCCCUGGCGCCGGUCCUCAGACUUUUACUUUCCAGCUCAUUGCCUCGGACGUGGCCGGAUACAGUGCUGUCAACGAGACUUUCCAGCUUUCUAUCGGCCCGCACAUCUUGGCAUUUAACGAGACUGUCCAGAGAUUCAAUCUCACGAGAGGCGACAAGUUCAGUACCCCCGACUUUCAGAGCUUUUUGUCCCUGGACAGUUCGCCAGUGUCAAGCAUCAACGUGAAGAGUGUGGACGCCAAUUUGCCAGAUUGGCUGACGAUGGAUGAUGAUAAAAUCUCAUUGGCUGGCACGCCACCGAAGGAUGCAGUGAACCAAAAUAUCACUAUUACUGCUACAGACAUCUUCCAAGACCAGGCGAAGCUCAUGGUGCGCCUGGAGUUCUUGGAGUUGUUCCUCGAAACGGUGGAGGGCUGUGAAGCGACUAUUGGAGAAGACUUCAUGUUUGUGUUCAACCAGUCGAUUCUAACUGACAACGCCGUGCAACUCGACGUAGAGUUGGAUAAGGAUCUGUCAUCAUGGCUUGUCUACUACUCCGAGAACAAAACACUCUACGGUCAUGUUCCUGGUGAUAUGAAGCCACAAAAAUUCACUAUCCCGCUGAAGGCUUCUCAGGGAUCCACCACGGACUCGCAGGACUUCGAUAUCGAUGUUCUUGAACCCGCGGAAACCCACAAUGGAAACCACGACCCAUUCUCUGAUCCGUCUGGCCAUUCACACCAGAAAGCGGGUAUCAUCGCGAUCUCCGUUGUCAUCCCGCUUGUAGUCGUUUUGAGUGCUAUAAUCCUCUUCUGCUGCUGGCGUCGGAGAAGAAAGACAUCGACAGUGGAAGAGGGAGAGUUCAAGGCGAAGCCGUCGCCCCCACCCCGACCUGCCAGACCGGACAUGCCACCGAAUUGCCAACCUGGUGUAACCGAAAGGCCCUCUCGAGAUGACAACUCGGAUGACUGGAUGAGCCCGAUCACUCCUACAUCGGACCUCCUUAAACUUGAACUCGGCCCAUCUUGGAACGUGUCGUCCUUUGACAAACAAGAGGAUACUAUGAAUAUGAACGUGAUUCCCGAACCCAACCCACCACCUCGUUCUCCGAGGCGCAGUGCCUUUGUCCCUCUACGAGACUCCAUUAUUGAAAGGGACAAGGCAGUCGAUAUUUCUCCCAGCAAGAAGCAAAGCAAACGGCUGUCGUAUGCGCGCAGCCCUCCCGUGCGUCGUCGGUCUGGUAAAGGGUCCCGGCGCGAACCCUUGAAGGCAAGCCAGCCACGAGUUGCGAAACGUGAAUCUAUCCAGUCUUCGCGGUCCAAGAGAUAUUCCAAGCGGUCAAGUGGGAUCUCAUCUGUUGCUUCUGGGUUGCCGGUUCGACUCAGCGGCGCCGGGCAUGGUGCGGGUGGAUUUGGACCUCCAGGACACGGAAUGGUGCACAUGUCAUGGCAGACCACCAAGGGUUCUCUAAUGAGUGAUGAAAGCAGCCUCACAAAUAUGACUCCACUGUUCCCUCGACCACCCCUUGCUCCCAUUAGACACAGCAUGACCCCCAGCAUCCCUCAGAACCACAGGCGAGUGACUAUGAGAGCUGUCGAGCCCGAUGAGUCGACUAUCUCCGAGGCAGACUCCCUCGAGGCCUUUGUCCACAGCCGAGCCAAACACCGCAACUCCUCCAACCCACUCUUUUCGGCUCAAAUCAGCCGUCGUACAUCUUCUGGCAUCCGCGCGCUUGAGCGAGCUCGCAGCAUCCGCAGUCGUGCAGACACCGUCUCAGUCUCGACCUUCAGUGACGAAUUCCGACAGUCGAUCCAGGGACGGCCAUACUCUACAGCGUUAUCUGUCUCAGAGUACGGCGAUGAAAACAACCGCUUCUCGCAAUAUCAGACCCUCCAGGCACCGCCUAAUCUCUUCCCUCUUGCAGAAGGUCACGGCCAGAGCCAAAGCCAGCUGAGUCUGGCACAGGACUACCGUGGAGUGAUCUCCCCGCUUCCUCGAUUCUGGAGCGAGGCCAGCUUGAACAGUGCCCAGCGUCUGGAGUCCGGGUCCCAUCCCAAGCCUCGACCCCGAGCCCAAGAGAGCUCGGCUGUGCCGCAAAGCUCAUCCAUGGUCUCCGACCUUGAAGUACACCUAUCCCGAAAAGCCUCCCCUCAAAAAUCUGCCAACCACACAAGUGGAGAUUGGCAAACAAUAAAUGAGCCGCUUGAACCGCCACCCCCAGUGAAGAGCGCCAGCUCUCGGGGGCUCCCUGUCGCAAGUAGCGGCGAGCUAGCGUUUGUUUGA